ACUGAUGAAAAGUGCACCUGCAACUUCCGGCUUUGGAAGAGAGCAGGAAAAGGGCAGGGAAAAGGCGUGAGCGAGAGAGGGGGGCACAGGACAAGUUGGCAGCCAAGAAAGCAAAAAGGAGGGAAGAAGAAAAGGCUCGUAACAGUGACGAGAGAUGGAAGUGUACGCCCCCCUCGAUCUCAAAGUCUGAGACCUGACUGGGAUCUGAUGAUGGCUUCAUCUUCACUUCCGCAUCCUUGCUGAAAAUUAUUUGCAUGGCCCAGGCCAUAUUCAUCUAAAGUUGAACUGAUGAAUAUCAUGGGUAUAUCUGCAAAAUGGCUUAGAUCGUUGGUUGGAAUAAGGAAACAUGAGAAAUCGCAACAUCCAGAAAAUGAUAAAUAUACUAGUGCCUCUGCCAACAAGUUGAAUAGCCAGAAGAAAAACUAUGUUGGUCUUGAUCCUGGUACAACAGAAGACGAGUUGGCUCUGGGAUCGGCUCUAUCAACUGGAGAUGCCAAUCUACAGUCAAAUUCAGAUUCUGCUUCCUCUCCUACCGCACAAAUGACAAGUCAAACUCGGCAGAACAUGAGAGACGAGUGGGCUGCCACGGUUAUUCAAACUGCUUUUCGAGCAUUCCUGGCUAGAAGGGCUUUACGGGCUCUCAAAGGACUAGUUAGAUUACAGGCCCUCGUUAGGGGUCAUGCUGUGAGAAAACAAGCUGCAAUAACUCUUCGCUGCAUGCAAGCUCUGGUAAGGGUGCAGGCCCGUGUAAGAGCCAGGCGAGUUCGCUUGGCAUUAGAAAGUCAAUUGGGAGGUCAAACGGUUCAGGAACAACAAUCACAUGAAGAAGCUCGCACUAGAGAAAUAGAGGAAGGCUGGUGUGACAGUGUUGGCUCUGUGGAGGAAAUUCAAUCGAAGUUGUUGAGGAGGCAAGAAGCUGCUGCCAAGCGUGAGAGAGCUAUGGCAUAUGCUGUCACUCAUCAGUGGCAAGCAGGCCUUAGGAAGCCAGCUGCCUCUGCGGGUUUUGAGCCAGAUAAAAAUAACUGGGGUUGGAACUGGUUAGAGAGAUGGAUGGCUGUUCGUCCAUGGGAGAAUAGGUUUCUUGAUAUUAGUCUUAAAGAUGGGGUUAAAAUUCACGAGAAUGGAACAGCUGAAAGGAAGAACGAAAUCAGUGGAUUGCAGACUCAAUCCCAGACUCAGAAUGUACCCAUUGGCAAGAGACCCAUUUCAAAUCUUCACUCGAAUAUCAUAAACCAUAAAUCAGUGCCACUGGUGUCUCGUGCAAGUGGUUUCUCCUCAAACCAGUCUGCUAAUGUGCUAGCGACUUCUGGUUUUUCUUCAAGCCAGCCAAAACAAAAGCCUUCAUCUGAGGAGGUUUGCAUAGAAACUACAUCCCAAACUUCUGCUGUUGGAGCUCGGUCUUUGAGCAACCUGAAGGAUAGGCCAUCUCCAGUGGAAUCACAGGUUAAGAAGUUGUCCUUAUCAACCAGCGGUCUAGGAGUGGGGAAGCAUGCUGCAAAUAAAGUUGCAAUAAACCAGUCAGAAAACAGAAGCACCCUAAAGGCACGCUUAAAUCUGUCAAAGCAUCAAAGGAGCUGAAUUGCAGAUACAAGAAACCAAUUUGAGUUUUUGAUUCAUCAUCCAGUAGCUGAUCAUAAGCUUUCCUCUACUGGACUGAACUUUUCAUCGAUACAUAUUUGCAUGAUCUGGUUUAGGUAAAUUAUGAUGGCACGAUUCUCUACACCACUACUUUUUCGGUGCAGAAUGUCCGAUAGUGCUUAACCUCAAUAUCGUGAUCAGCUUAUUCUGUUGAAUUAUUGCUUGGUCUCUGUGUAUUGUCGUUUUAUGUCAAACUAUGUAAUUGCCAAUUUUUGUUUACUGUUGAGGCUAUUAAUGCUUCUAUAUCAUUUACAUUGUGCAGAAGAAUAUGAUGGUUGUGUUUUAAAUGAGCUGAAUAAUGGAUCCCACUUGCCAUUGAUACUA